GUUCAGUUCAAGGUCUCGCCUGAUCGUUGCACAUCCCACCCACCAGAUCUCUGCUUAGAUAUUCGUUAACAUCUACCUUACCCUCCAGUAUGUCGUCCAGUCGGUCAACUGCGGCAUGGUACGACACGAGAAACAAGCGGGGGCUUUACCGCCGGGUGGAAAACCCCGUAGUGUCAUCUCCUCCUCCUCCCCUAGGCGACAUUCUAUUGAUAAUGCAGCUCGGUGAUCUUGGAGGACGAGCAAAGGAAUUUGGAGAAACGGCCAAAAUCGUCCACGCCAGGACAGUGACUUCGUAUAACUGGAUGAACAAGACGGCGUCUGUGCCGACAAUUCUGGUCCCAGGCAAGCCUCCUCUGUGGACGCCCCAAUCCGUCCCUUCGCGUCUCAAUGAGGACAGCGGCUCCUAUUUCCGUGACAAGAACGCGGCUCGCUACCCCAAGCACCCAAUGGAGCCGAUGGUUGUGGUCUCUCUCGAUGCAGACCCGACCAUCCCGUCUGAGGUAGACAUUGUUGCUUGCGGGAGCACCCUGGGUAACCUCCUGCGUUUCGUCCGAGGAGAGGACAAACCGUUCCGCAUACUGGCAUACAAAGUCGGCAACUCUGUGUUCCUCGUCCGGCGCGAGAACUCGCCUACAGAACUGAUACCGGGCGUCCGGGGGUUUGGUCAUGCCUUCCCCGAGGCCAAUACCACCUGGGAGCGCGAAGUCAAGGGCUCUGCCUCUUAUCAGCGCGUGAUACGCUACACGUUUGGCGGGAUGGAGCUGCUCGUGCGUUUUGAAGCCGACGGGUACAUCAAAGAGAAGAAUGUUCCAGAACCUGCUGCAUCCGCCUCUGGGGAUACCGCCACGGAGGAGGAAAAGGCUCCAUUGGCAUCUGUUGACGACCUUGUUUCAUCGCUGCUCACCACCACCGUCUCCACUGCCGACACUUCCAACCCCCCUGGCUCCAACACGCUGCAAGUCAAACACGGCGGCUCCACUGUUUCCCAGUCCUCGCUCUUUGAUCUCAAAACCCGCUCCAUCUACACCCGGGGCAAGAGAGACAUUCUUGCCGAGGAACUCCCUCGACUGUGGCUUCGUCAAAUCCCAAAUUUCAUACUGGCAUAUCACACCCAGGGGCUGUUUAUGACGCAGGAUACCGAGAUCAAAGACGCCAGGGAAGAGAUGAAGAAGUGGGAGCACGAGCAUGCUGCCAAGCUGGCCAAGCUCGCCGCUCUUCUGUCCUGGAUCAAGGACGUCGUGGUUGAGAACUCGGACGCUGGUGGGAAAGUGGAGAUUUGCUAUUCAGGAGGGCUCAAGCUGGAAGUUAGGAGGCAAUUGGAGGAUGCUGGAGAGGUGUUGUCUGCUAAGGUGAGAGAGCGAUGGGAGGAGGGACUGCAGAGGACUGUCGAGAGCAAGGAGAAGGAGAGCUACGAAACUGAGCCUGAUGCGCGAGAGAUGGAGUGAAAUGGGAUAUGGUAGUAGUACUAAGAGUAGUGUGAGGAUGAGCCCCGUGUUCUCUGUUAUUCGCGGGCCUACUGGCUUAGAGUUGAUAGUUUGAGUUGUUAACGUACUACCUCUAGCUAGCCUACCUUAGGUAUGCUGUAUUUGCGAUUUUUCCGGCAUUUCGACGCCUCAGGUAGAUUAAUCUACGGGUACAUAUCUGCCAUCCCUAAUCACACAUCUAACCAG